AUGGCCGCCGAUCGCCCCGCCGUACGUCCUCCGCCGCAGCGAAGAAGAACCAUGUCCGCUCUCGAGGCCCGAGUCUCCCUCGUCGCCGCUCUCGCCGCCCAAGCCUCCGCCGUCUCUCAGCGACUUUUGGUUGACUUGGCUACCGAGACGGCCAAGUACGUCUUCCCCAAGCAGUUCGAGGCUCAGACUCUCGAGGAAGCUCUCAUGUCUGUUCCGGACCUUGAGACGGUGAAGUACAAGGUUUUGAGUAGGAGAGACCAGUAUGAGAUUCGAGAAGUUGAGCCUUACUUUAUAGCAGAGGCAACAAUGCCUGGAAAGACUGGUUUUGACUUCAAUGGUGCUUCGCAAUCGUUCAAUGUCUUAGCUGAAUACCUGUUUGGUAAGAAUACCAAACAGGAGAAAAUGGAGAUGACCACACCAGUUUUUACGCGUAAAGCUCAAUCUGAUGGAGAGAAAAUGGAAAUGACAACUCCAGUGAUAACAAAGAGGGUGGAAGAUGAAGACAAGUGGAAGAUGUCCUUUGUCAUGCCCUCGAAAUACGGUGCCAAUUUGCCAUUGCCUAAAGAUCCAUCUGUAAAGGUCAAAGAGGUUCCAAGGAAAUUAGUUGCAGUUGUUGCCUUUUCUGGUUUUGUCACUGAUGAGGUAAUUAAGCAACGGGAGUCCAAGUUAAGGGAAGCUUUGGAAAAUGAUAGACAGUUCCAAGUGAAGGAGGGCACUGCAGUGGAAGUUGCACAGUAUAACCCGCCAUUUACACUUCCAUUUCAAAGGCGGAAUGAGAUCAGUCUGGAAGUUGAAAGUAAAGAGGAAGAAUAGUUUCUAAUUGUAUAUCAGAAAAUUUACAAUCUUGCGGUCUAUCGACUACACCAUCUC